ACCAAUCAGCCCUAAACGCGGGAGAGAGAGAGAGAGUCGGACCCCGUCUUAGCGCGAUCACAGCACCAGUGUCGCAGUAGCGGAUCGCUGAUCUCCCCCUCCUCGCAUGUCAAUUGCCCUCGUUCUUUGCUGCAUCAUUUCUUCAGCAUGUUCCCAAUUAUACCUCGCCGACAGAAAAGGGCCUUGUUGUUCAAUGUUGGCUAGCACUGCGCAGGCGUGGAUUACAUCCUUUGAUGGUAGAAGAUCGUUUGACAAUUCUGGCUUAAGCUUUAGAUGCAGGAGACCCAUGAGUGGAGCUCUUCAAUCGUUUUGGCAUUCUAGUGGGCAUUACCUGGUUGCGUCCAAGAUUCAUGUUGCUUCAGAUUACUCAGAUUCAGCAGCUGAUUUUUCUAACUAUGCGGGAAAUGGAAGUUAUCAUCCCUUUGAAGAACUAAAAUAUUAUGGGAAAGGCAGAGAUGUACUGCUUACAGAUGCUGAAAUAGCCAGGACAACUGUUGAGGCAAAUAGUAAGGCAUUGCUGGUUUUUCCAGGAAGAGCACAUUGUGAACCUCAUCGGCAUGUCUCAUGGGCUGAAUUUCACUAUGUUAUUGAUGACUAUGGAGAUAUGUUUUUUGAACUUUUUGAUGAUGAAAGCAUCUUGAAAGAUCACAGCUCAACCAAUCCUGUGACUGUUCUGAUUGGAAUGGAUUUUCCUGUUAAUGGGGAGAGUAGAUUGGAGAGUGAUAGCUUCUUUGACGAUGUGGACAAUGAUGGUAUAAUCAAUGCUAUGCUUGAUGAUGAUUAUGAAGAGAUUGUUGACACAGAAAUAACUGAGACCCUUAUAAAAUGGGGGAUGCCAGAAACCUUACUUCACAUUCAUCCUAUCUACUUUGCAAAGUUCUUGGCUAAGUCAUUUCAUUCGAAGCAUAAGGAGAAGAUGGAUUAUCCAACAAAUGGUCUUUCCAUCAUGGGAUGUCUUAGGCCUGCUUUUGUUGAUGAGGAAUCUUAUCUUCGGCGGUUAUUCCAUGAGGAAGAAGAUGACUCUGUGUUUGAUUGGAGAGAUGAAUCAGAGAAGGAAGAGGAACGGAUGGCUGGAAUGCAUGGUUUAAUAGAUAGAGAAAUGUUGAACUUCAGCUCUAGACGAGAUAGAAGCAACUUAAAUUCAACCCUCUACAAAUUGGAGAUUAUGACCAUGGAGCUCUUUUCUGUAUAUGGUGAUCAAUCAAUUAUUGAUUUGCAAGAUUUCCAAGAUGCUGAACCUGAUGUUCUUGCACACUGUGCUUCAGCGAUUAUAGAACGUUUUAGUGAGGACGGUAUGCAGUUUGAUGCUGCUCUUAAAGCUCUAUGUCGAAAGAGGAAGGGUCUUGUUGUUGAGGGAGCAAAUCUUAUUGGUGUUGACAGCCUUGGCAUGGAUGUAAGAGUCUUCUUUGGGUUGGAGGCAAAAACUCUUCGCAUUUCAUUUAAUGCUCGGGUGACGACUGAAAGUUCAGCAGAAAAGAAGAUCCGAAGGAUGCUAUUCCCUCAUUAUCACCGCAAAAAAUCGAGAUCUCUCAACAUUGGUGUUGAGACAUGAUUGAGAGUUUAUACUAAAAAACACCCUGUAUAUUUCAUUUCUAACAAAGUUUCAUCAAAUAAGUUCUGGAGUUUCAUCUCAUAUAAGGCUUAGGCUAUCCUGUUCUUUAUUUGUAUUGGCAUUGAAUAAUGGACAGUCCUUGGAGGUCGAGAGACUCAGCAAACAAGGCAUCAGGCUUUUUUAUCUUUUAAGUGUUGAGAUUCUUUCCACGGCAUUUUAUAUCGAUGAGAGAUGGAGAUUGCAACUACUUAAAUAAUGCUUUUUAUGAUAUGUUGUCAUCAUAUAAUAAAGGAGCCUAAUAAGGGAGCUCCAACAGAAUUUGGUAUGGCUUUAUUUUUACUUUCUCUAUGACUAAUUAUAUUAGCGAUAUUUGUGAACAAAGAACUGUUACAGUUGAUUCACAAGGAUUGGUUUCUCUCCA